AUGAAGGUAAGGGAUGCGUUUGAGGAGAUAGAGCAUGAAGGGGUGGAGGAUGAUAGUGAGUUAGAAGUUGUCGAUAAAGAAGCGCAGGAAGCUACGAAGAGGGUCUUGAGAGUAUCGAAGCAGCAGUAUGAAGUGUUGAUGAAGCAGAUUCGAAGAAAUGGGGCUAAGAAAGGUCAGCAUGGGGCCAGAUGGCUAGUGCCUUGCCUAGAAACAAUGACUUGGACCAUUCCAUGA